CGUUUGCUUACCUUGAAUUUGAUUUCAAGCGUAAAAAUAAAUUUACCUGUCGGCAAGCCUUGAUGGUAAUCAAGUACGAAAAAUGUCGUCCAUGUUUCAGAAGGCCAGUACUUUCUUAGGUGGUGGCGACGAAAAUGAAUCGAAGAAACAUGAUGAAGAGGGCGAGUCGCUUGAAACCGUUCUAGAUACGGAUGAAGACCGUAGCUUACUCACAAUUCUCGUUUGUGACAUCACUGAACUUAUGCGCAAACGCCUUAUAGACACCUUUGAUCCUAAAGAAACGGGCUCUCGGGAAGACUACCUUUUUGCGCUGACGAACGACAACGACGAACCGGUCAAUCCCGAGAAGCUGAGCGAUGAGGAACGAGAGAAGGAAAUAAAAAAGGCACUAGAAAAUCAAAAAGCAGAGCUAGCCAAGCGUGAGAAGGAGGCCAGCGAAGAGAAAAUUGUUACGCUCAAGACAAACGCGCUGGAGCUUUUUGAUCAUUGGAGAGACACCGUUGUGAUCCGUGUCGGGGAAGUUGUUAACUCUAGGAAAACAGCUGAGAAACAAUCGAAGCAAGCCAAGCCAGAACUCGCAGGCUCAGAUACUGAGCCGACAUUAGAGGGCAUCGAGACCGAAGAGCAUGAGGAUACGAUCGCCGAAGCAUUAUUGAAGACGUAUCCUCCCGUCGAAACCGCGUUGCGCAAAAUGGCCAAGGAGAAGCGGAUAUUAAUACUUCACUCAAUACUCCUACUCCUCCUGAGCCUGGAGCACUAUAACGCCUAUUCGCGAGUUCUAUUGCUGUACCUAACCACCAGCCUCGGUCUCUCUGCCACGGUGCUUUCAGAGGACGAAAAGAAAGUCGCUCGCGGGCUUCUUACGGCGGCAGAGAAAAUGUCGGCUGACGAGGAGACGAAGAAGAGGGCCGAAGAGAACCGCACCGCUCGCAAAUGGAAGAUGGGCGUAGCUGGGGUCGCUGGCGCAGCCCUCAUCGGUAUCACCGGUGGAUUAGCUGCUCCUCUCUUAGCCGCUGGAGUUGGCACCGUCUUAGGUGGAAUUGGUCUUGGAGCUACUGCUACGGCGGGUUAUCUUGGAGCGUUAGCUGGAAGUGGCGUUUUAGUAGGCGGUCUAUUUGGGGCCUAUGGCGCUAAGAUGACAAGUAAAGCUAUGGAACAAUAUACUCGAGAUGUGGAAGACUUUGCGUUUGUUCCUAUCGGGAAACCAGGAGAGAGCGAAAUCGAAGCACGUCGGUUGCGGAUUGCCAUUGGUAUUUCUGGCUGGCUGGACGAUAAAGAAGAAGUGGUCGCGCCCUGGAAAUGUAUCGGUCCAGGCCAAGAACCGUUUGCUCUCCGCUUCGAGCUGGAAGCCCUGAUCAAUCUGGGGAACGCGCUUACAACCCUGGUUACUUCCGCGACUUGGUCCUACGCGAAAUCUCAGAUCAUUAAACGCACUGUUUUUGCGGCAUUGUCCGCUGGCUUGUGGCCGCUAGGCUUGGUGAAAGCUAGUCGUAUUAUUGACAACCCCUGGAGCGUUGCUAACCAGCGUGCUCAAAAAGCUGGAGAAGUCCUUGCCGAUGCUCUUAUCAACAAAGCGCAAGGCGAGCGACCUGUCACACUUAUCGGGUACUCCCUCGGCGCCAAGGUUAUAUAUGUAUGUCUGCAGCAGCUUGCUAAGCGGAAGGCCUUCGGUCUGGUCGAGAACGCCAUAAUGUUGGGCGCGCCGACUCCCAGCAGUCCAGCCGAUUGGCGCCGCAUCCGUUCUGUCGUAGCCGGAAGAGUUGUGAAUGCGUACAGCGCGAACGACUACAUUCUCGCAUUUUUGUACAGAAGUAGCAGCAUCCAAUUCGGGGUUGCCGGACUACAUCCUGUCCUCGAUGUCUGGGGCGUCGAGAACGUUGACGUUGGUGAUCUAGUCAAAGGCCACACGUUGUACCGAUAUGCGACAGCACCGAUCCUUAAGCGCAUCGGCUUCGAAGACAUCGACUUGCAGGAAAUUGGGCGUGAAGAACGUCAAUUGGCAGAGCAAGAGAAGAAGGAAGAGGAACGGCGCAAGGCUGCUGAGAGCGACGCUGGGCGGGAGGGCACUGGCGAUAAUCCAAGUAUCAGUGAGGGAGAGGUCCGCAGGAUGGAGCAAGAAGUCGAGCAGAAGGCCGGGCAGAAGAAAGCAGAAGAACUAGUUUGAGC